GACAUCUGAUGAUGUCCGCCGUCAUCUGAUCGGCUGUGGGGUUAUCUUUUAAUUGUGAAUAAUGGCCCCUAUAGGUUCCCCUGGGCCACGCUACGCCCCAUUAAGCGCUAACCGGCUGAUCGGUCACUCGGCGCCGAGCAGCCCUACGUCCACUUACCGUGCCAAGCAUGUCUACCCUGCACAAUGGCAAGAGUCGGAAAAAGCUCUCACAGCGAAUCUAUCGUUCAACCGAGGCAGAAGACUUUGAACAACUGCGACAGAUCAUCCAAGACAUAACAAAGGAGUGUCUCCCCACAAGACAUGACAUCCUGAUAAAAGCUGUUGAGAUCAUUAGGCAGCUUGAUAGACAAUACCGUUCUCUUCUCACAGAACAUGAACAUGUCGCGGCUUUGACCUCUACUCAUUCCCUUGGCUCUCCCACACAAUACUCCGCUUUCCAUCCUGCAGUGCCACAGUUUCCUGUUGAGAGUUGGUUGAUGAACCAUGGUGAACAAGCGACGCCGAUGCAUCCACAUAUGUCAUCUUCUAAAUCGUCAAAUAUCGCAUACAGCAUGUAUCACGGACAAGACAUGGACGCUACACAUAAUCAUUAUACUUUACCUACCAAUCAUUUUCCGGACAGCCAUUCAUUCGAGGUCAAUAAUUUUCCUUACAGCAACAAGCAGACUUGGUAGACUAGCAUGUACACGGACAUACUACGACAUACCCGUGCAAGUGGAAUGUGUCCGCGGCUCGGUGUCGAUUAUUAUUAAUAUUGUUGUACUAUAAGGAAAGCACUGAAGUUUUCCACACUUCCUAAAACGAUUGGUUUCGAGACUACCAACUCUGCUCAUUUCCCUGCCCAGGCAAUCACCAGCAACCGCCCAUCUCCAUUUUCCUCUUAACCGUGCAAUAACCAGGCUCCUCCCCACCACUGCGUCGUGACUCAAUAUUUUGCAUUAAUGAGACCAGUGAAAUAUGCAAGACUAUCUGAUGCUUGCCAAUCCCAGCCCGGACACUUCUAGUUGUCUAAAUUUAGCACCC